CCGCUAUGCGCCGGCCCGUCGGCUAGUCCGGGCGGUGGCUCCCCCUCCUUCUCCUUGUUUUCCUGCCCCCGCCGCGGCUCCCGCUCGGUGCCCCCCACCCCCGGGCGGCGGGGCCGGGAUGGAGGACGUUAACUCCAACGUGAACGCGGACCAGGAGGUGCGGAAGCUGCAGGAGCUGGUGAAGAAGCUGGAGAAGCAGAACGAGCAGCUGCGGAGCCGGUCCGGGGCGGCCCAGGGGCCUGGGCCUUCCACGCCGGGCAGCCCCGCCCGCCUCGGCGCCGCCUCGCCUCGCUCUGACCGGCAGGGCUCGGGCUCGGGCUCGGGCUCGGGCCCGGGCCCCAGGGCGGGGGCGGCGGCCGGAGCCGGGGCGGGCGGGCCCGGCCCGAGGCGGACCGGCGGGUCGGAGCCGCGGGACGGCGGGAUCGGCACCGGGACCGUCCCCCUCCUGGCGGGCGGCGAGGGCGGGCUCCUGGACGACGUGGAGCCGCUGAGGCCCGAGGAGCUGGACCGCCUGUCAGGCUGGGAGGAGGAACAGGAGAACUGGUUGUAUUCGUCACCAAAGAGAAAGCCAACUCCCGGGCAGAAGGCCGUCAGCCCGUUGGUUUGGUGCCGGCAGGUUCUGGAUUUCCCAACCCCCGAGGUGGAGUGUGCGAAAAAAUCUCUGAUCCACAAGCUGGAGCAGACUAUGGCAGCCAUCAAGAGGCAGAGUUUAUACAGUAAUCCUUUCAACUCUGUGAGUUACACGAAUUCCUACAGCCCCAGUGCUAGCAGCCCUUAUAGCAGUGGUUUCAACUCUCCUUCAUCAACCCCAGUAAAAACUCCUGUGGUGAAGCAGCUUGCACUUCCUGGAAGUUUGGGAAAUUUUAAAAGCUCAGCAGAGAAAAAUCCUCCACUCAGUCCCCAGUCUUCCAUAGACAGCGAGCUAAGUGCUUCAGAAUUUGAUGAAGACUCAAUUGGAUCAAACUACAAGCUAAAUGAUGUCACAGAUGUCCAAAUUCUAGCCAGGAUGCAGGAAGAAAGUCUCCGCCAAGAGUAUGCAGCCACCGCGUCCCGGCGCAGCUCCGGCUCGUCCUGCCACUCCACUCGGCGGGGCGCGUGCAGUGACCAGGAGCUCGAUGCGCCCAGUUUGGAAGAUGAUGACGACAGCACACACCACCCUGUGUACCCUGCCCUGAGCAGGUUCUCUCCGUCUCCCCGCAACUCCCCGCGGCCUUCCCCCAAACACUCCCCAAGGAAUUCUCCUCGCUCCCGCUCACCCGCGCGGGGAGUGGAAUUCCCCCGCGGGUCUCCCCAGCCCAUGAUCAGCCGCUUGCAGCAGCCUCGCCUCUCGCUUCAGGGCCACCCAGCAGACUUGCAGACCACCAGCAUCAAGAACGAAGAAAAACUAAGACGUAGUCUUCCAAAUCUGUCCAGGACACCUACCACCCAAGUCGACUCUGUGAAAAGCAGCAGAAGUGACUCCAAUUUUCAAGUGCCAAAUGGAGGAAUACCUCGCAUUCAACCACAAGCCUCAGCCACACCACAAAGGCUGAGAAGUAUUCCUCGUACUUCCCUCAAAGCCAAACAGUUGCUUCCAUCUUCAUCUCCAAAGAGAGUCCCUUCUCCGAGUAAGUUCCGGUCCCCAGCGGCACCAUCUCCGCUGGCCCUGCGGCCGCCCGUGCGAGCGUUCAGCAGCCACGGCCCGGGCCCCGCCGGCGCUUCGGACAUGACCCAGCUCCCCCAGAGUGGUGCCUCCGCGGGCGCCCCCCCGACCUCGGCUGGUGGUUCCAGCAGCGCCCCUCUCACCAGACCUCCGGGGGCCCCGGGGCUGAGGAGCGGCCUGCCCAGACCCAGCGCCCCGGUCACUGGCGGGAUCCCAGUGCCUCGCAGCAAGCUCGCCCAGCCUGUUCGCAGGUCGCUGCCAGCGCCCAAAGCCUACGGCAGCAUGAAAGAUGACAGUUGGAAAGACGGCUGCUAUUGACCUGCGGGGGCCCCUUCUCCAGACUCAACAUGCAGGACUGUCCGGAUGUGACUUUGGGAUUGGAAAAUCCCGGUCCUCUCUGUCAACGUGAGCACAAACUGGCAGAGAAGGCCAAGCAGCACUUUAAUGCCAUUAAACAUCAGAUAGGGUUGGUGAUCA